AUGAGCCGCCAGAGGCUGAUUGGCGCUGGAAAUCGAGCAGUUCUCCUCUUUCGGUUUGGUCGGUUAUGCAGGGUCUGUGAUUGCGAUUCUUGUGCUCGCCCAUCAUCAUCGUCACCAUCACCAUCCGUCUUGUGCUUGUUGUCGUCGUCUUCACCUGGCACAAGACAGCACAGCACUGCGUCUUCUAUCACUUGCGAUGGGCGGCCGCUGACCACUCACCGCAGUCCUCCACGAACCUGCAAACUACCGCCAAAAGCUUCCGGACAGACCGCUCGAUUGCGAGUAGUAAAGACCGACGCAGAGAUGGUUCAACCACAAGGCACAGUGCGCCUUGUCGCCUGCCUCUGCCUCUUCAUCACGCUAGCCCAAUGCGCUCUCGCAAUCUCGGAUGCCGGCACAAGGAAUCUGCAGAAGCCCAUGCAGAUCCUCGAUCAGACUCGUACCCAGACACGAAACGGGAACCAGCCCAUCUCGCCCAACUUGAUCGACCUUCUCACACAGUCUCCGGAUCACACCAUCUUGGUGCGGCUCCUCCAAAGAACUCGCCUCGUUCCGACCCUCAAUCGGCUGCAAGAAUUCGAUGAUGGCUCGGGUCUCACCAUCCUCGCUCCCACCAAUGACGCAUUCAUUCGAAAGAAGGACGAACAGGUUGCAAGACGUGAUGCGACCGUCGACGCAGCCUCCGAAUCGCCUACAUUUUGGCAGUAUCUCAUCGACGACAGAGCGCACAGCUCGGAACUAUCUCCCGAUGCAGCAUCGCAAUGCCUCUGGCACGACGGUGUUUGUGUGGCAGCAGGCAACGUCAACGCAGUGGCACGCCAGCACCUCCUCUAUCACGUCCUCAACUAUACCCUUCCUUACUCCUUGAGCACCGACACCGGCUCUCACUCACCCUCUGAUCCUCUCCCUGAACCUGGCAGACCACAGAUGCAGACCACCUUGCAUUUUCCGUCGCGCAGGAUGAUCACCGAGCCCACUCACCCCGGCCGUGUGCCCGUUCCUGAUGAAGAAGACCACGGUGGGCUGCUCGGCCACCACGGCCAACGUCUGCGUGUUGCCGCGGUCGACGACAAAGAAAGAUCGAACAGCUUCCUUUUGUUCCGCUCCACCCAGCGCAAGCGCAUGGCUCUAUUUUUCGGAACCGACGAAAAGGGUCGAGGAGGAGCCAGGUCUAUUGAUGAGGAUUGGCGCUCCAAAAGCGGUGUAAUUCACCAUAUUGACGCUGUCAUCGAUUUGCCGCCCUCCUUGGAGCAUGUCAUCCUCACCCACCCUCGUCUCGAGAGCUUACGACGCCUCGUUACCAACGACACGCUCAAGAGCCUUUCUACUGUGCCCCACCUCACCCUCUUCUUGCCCGCUUCGGAUGCCUUCGAUAAACUCAGUGUGCUCGAGUCCACCUACCUGUUUGGCGACUAUCAGCAGGCUGCUCUGGAUCGACUCAAGCUUCUCGGCUGGCACAUGUCCGGAACCGGCCUCGGCGACCGCUCGCCCGUCUACUCGGCUUCGAUCCGCGCCGUCGGCCGCACAACCCUCCCCACCGCGCUCGGCGGCUCCGUAUCGGUCGAGGCCGAUCAAGCCGACGGCCAAAUCACAGUCAUGGGAGCACAGGUAGUACAAGAGGACAUCCUCGUCGAGUCCGGGGUCGUUCAUCUUCUUGACUCCCUGAUCUUGCCAUUCGGCGAUCUUGACAUGAGCGUCGAAGCAACGCUUAGGGCACUCAACGCAUCGCGCUUUGUUGACCUCAUCUACGACGCUGGCCUGCAACGCUACAUCAAUAAGCCAGCUCAUUUACAGAGGCAGGAACAAGACACUUUCACCUUCCUCGCUCCGCGCAACGAUGUCAUCGAUGCGUGGUAUUCAGGUCAUUGGUCUACGUCGGACUCAUCCGGCGAACGCUUUUCUCGCGAGUAUCGUAAGGGUCCCACGCUCGACGAACUUGUUCGCUACCACAUCCUUCCCGGCCAGAUCAGACCGGCCGAUCUGACAAGUGGCAUGCUGCUCAACACCGAGCUUCUCGACUGGAAGCUCAGGGAAGGCAGGCAGAAGAUGCCCGUGACCGUGGACGACUCGCGCGUCUCAGACACCAAGGGCAACGGCGACGUUGCCUUUGGCGACGCCAACGUGCUCAGAGAUCCCGUCGAGAUCAAUGACGCUGCCAUCAUCUAUGUCGUGUCGCAACUGCUCCAGCCGCCAUCUGAUCCGGUGCAGACGGCCGUCUCUUACCUCUCCCUCUCGACCUUUGUGGCCACCGUGUUCAGCGCCGACUUGACGAAAGCUGUCGAGCGUGCUCCUGGCGUAAGUUAUCUCGUGCCUACCAACGAUGCUUUCACCGGCCUUGGCCUCGCCAUGAAUUAUCUGUUGCUUCCCGAAUCGCAGCAUCUAUUGCAGGCACUCGUCGAGUACCAUGCCAUCGACAGGAUCGUGUACAAGUCAGAUUUCACCGAGCAAGAAGUCGAGUAUCCCACACUCCUGCCCACGCUUGGCGCAAACUUGGCUAUCCGAAAGCAGAAGAGCGGGUCCAUCGUUGUUCACAAGGCAGGCAACCCGAACGGGACCUACUCCCUUGUCGUCAAAGGAGACAUUCUAACCAACACUGGCGCGAUUCACGAAGUAGACCGUGUUCAGAUCCCCUUCGACCUCACCAUCCGCGAUCUCCUCAAAGGCGCCAAAGCCGACACGAUGCAAGAUCUCAUGGUUCAGGCAGGCUACGAGCACAUCCUCAAUAGCACGAUUCCUCAGGAUCAGACAACCGACUCCAGCACUGGCUUUAUGGUCCUGGUUCCUACCGACAGUGCCUUUACAAAGGUGAAUCUCUCCGCUAUUCUCGACGAUCGCGAUCUUCUGGUCAGGCUGGUGCAACAGCAUCUGAUCCCACUCACGGACGAUGGAGCUGUGGACGCAUUACUCCCAGACGGUCGCGGAGAUGGCAUCGGCAUGAAGGACGAAAGCUCAUUCGCGACGCUCCUUGACCGUUCACAAGGAGGCUCGAGUUCUUAUGGCCAGGUCAGCUUCCGAAGGGUCUCCUCUAGCAGCACGAGCCGGUUUCGACGCACUACGAUUGGUCGAUUCAGCUCGGACGACUCGGAUGACGACGGUCUCGGCUGGCUUGUGGGCAUCAAGAACACGCGAGGCUCGCCCGCGAGUCGUCAUUCGGCCACCGUGCUGGCGUUUGGCCGUGAAGCGCGCGCUGUCAGAGGCGAUGUACGUCUCGAGCGUGCUCCUGUCGGCGGGAUCUUCCAAAUUGACACCGUCCUCUCGCCCUACGAGCCCAAUUGGUUUUACAGAUGUAAGUCAUGGGAUACCGCCCGCCCUGUCUCUUUUUUUCUUUUGCUGACUUUGAACGCUCUGAACAUCUCGUAG